AUGGAGUCUGUGGUAACGGGUUCGAGCAGUUUCACGACUACGGAAACUCCUACAACACAUAGCCGUCAAACAGAAAUUGCAGAGUCGGACCUUAAUAAGAUCUUCACAACUACGGCUUCUUCAUUGUCGCUAAUCGGAGCACUUUUGAUCAUCAUUACUUUCAUAAUGUGGCCUGAUUUAAGAACAAACUCACGCAGAAUGAUCGUGUUCAUAUCCAUCAAUGAUUUCUUCGUUGCUCUCUUUAACAUCAUCGGUAUUUAUAACCCGCCUUUGGACAACGAGAUGUGCAGAACGCAGGCACUGGUUACCAAUGUUGCGAUUUUGUCUUCGUUCAUGUGGACUUUGAAUUUGUCGUAUUACUUUUACCUAACUAUCUGCAUGAAGAUCACCGUCAAAUAUGAAAGGCGAAUUAUGCAGUUACUUCAUCUUAUAGGGUGGGGAAUUCCUAUCUUGAUAGGAAUUAUCGCGUUCACAAUGGGCGCAUAUGGAUUUUCCAGAAAUGUUGGCACUUCUGGAUGGUGCUGGAUUUCGGAACAUCAGAAAUGGUGGAAAGUUGUCAUGUGGAUGUUCGUUACAGGAAAAGGCUGGGAGAUUAUGGCAUAUAUUUGCAUCUUCAAGUUUUAUUUGUUUGUCAUACUGCAGAUCAGACGAGAGGUAUGUGGAGGACUGGUACGCCUUUUCCUGACUAAACCUCUUAUAGCUCCUUCCUCUUAACUAAUAUAUUAUUUACAAGUAGGAAAGAGAAGAUAGCACACCUUGAAAGGGGGAGUUGGAUCAUAGACAAUCUCUCUCCCCAGCCUGCAUAUGGAAGGAGCUAAUCUCAUCCAAGACCUCUUAUCCCAGGGCACUGUUGAUAGUCAAACAUUGGAUAGUCCCUGCAUUGCCUGUGUUGUUGUUGGGGGCGGGGGGGGUUGGGGUUGGGCAGGAUCUUAUAUGGACUGCUGUACAUUGUAUAAGCUGACAAGACUUGGCCUUGCACCCUUUCUUACCAGGUUGUAAUCUUUUAAUGAGGUAGCAGUACUAGAAAGAUUUUAAAAUGGGGAUGUUCCACAAACCUCACUUCUUUGUAUACAUUCAAUUUAGGAGCAUCAUGGAUUUCAGAAGUACAUAAAAAAUUAUUACAGCCUUAAUUUCUUGCCUUAAUAUUUAUUUGUUAAGUUUGCCUUACCCUAAGGUGACAUUGGGAUUCAUCCCAGGUGGAGAUUUUCUCACACCAAAGGCUCUAGAAGUAAUAAAUAAGGCAGAACGCAAGUUGGCUGUCAUUCCCAUGGUGUUCGUUUUGCUGCGUAUCUGGGGAACCAUACGAUUUUUCCGUUUCUUGUAUUUUCAUCCUGAGGACCCGCCAGCAAUAGAGUUUCUUGUUCUACUUCAAGUAAGUACAUGUAGAUGCAAUUACAUGCAUAUAUUAUAUACAAGUUGGUUUUAUGGAAAUGUAGGGGAGACAGGCUUUAUUUCAAUAUUAAUCAUUCUCAUUAAUGAAAACUCGUGUUAGUCAAAUUUUCACUUAAUCUGGGACAACAUUAUUCAAAACAAAAUCAGCACAGCAUUCAAGGCCCCUCCCUUCUCCCCGCAAACAAAAUCCGUCUUAGUUUCCCAAUUCCAAACCCUCAAUGGUUCAGUCAACCAGUCAGAAGCACUAUUCAGAUCAGUGUAGUGACACAGUAUGGAAUUUCCUUAGACCUCAUUUCACAGGGAAACCAUCUUUAGCAUCACAAAACGUGUGCUGUUUUCUCAGGCUAAGGAUUUUUGAAAGAAAUUUGGAAUUUGUCCUGAAUUUUCUGCACUUUAUAUCCUCUAUUAGGAAUGGAAAGGUUCAGGAUGGCAUAAUUUCAUAAUAUAUUAUUAUUUUAUUCUUAGUUGGUCUCUUUUAUGUUACUUCUUUUCAGGGCAUUGGGGACAGCAGCCAAGGCUUUGCCAAUUUUGUUCUGUUUUGCUUAUUCACUGAUCACAUCAGAAAGAAAUUCAGACUUUGUUGUGUGCGAUUUACACCAUGGUAUCAGUAUCAGGAGAAGGAUCCACUGUUUGAGAGUACAAAAUUCCCUCUGAAUGAGACAACAGACUUCAGUUCAAACUCUUAUGGAGCAAGCAAUUGCAUUUCUGUUUAUUCAAUGAAUCAUCCUGCUUAAUUUGCACACUUGCUUCGUUUCUAUUAUCUUAGUUGUGGACAAGUGGGGUUUGAGUCUUGAGUGCAGCUUUUAUUUUACUGCAAAGGCUUGAUUCAAAACCUGUGUAUAAACUUUUAUAUUAAGACCAAUCUAUUUUUAUCUUUUUGAUCUUUUACUUUCUUGGCAAGGCUAGAUGGACGAACAGUGCUUGUUGAGUUACUAAUAUCAUAAAAGAAAAAUAGAGACAAAAAUUUAUUCCAAAGUGUACAAAAAUGAUUCACAUGCCCUCAAACAUGUGAAGUAAUCAACAAAAUAGCUAAGGAAUAAGGGAAGAAGGAUCGCCUGAUCACAGGUUACAAAAAUGGCUCGAAAAUCUCAUGCAUCAAACAAAUGAUAAUUAUAAUCUGAUCAAUAAUUGCACACCUGCAAAUAAUUUUGACUUGGAAUGUUAAGCGGUGGGCAAUUCAGGUCUUAAGGUAGACGGGGUCCUGCUCUUUAGACAAAACAAAGUCUUUUUUGUGCCUCGGCCUUUGUUCUUGAAAUAAGGAGACUAGGGCCACUGUCCCCUCCACUUGAUCUCCCGCUGUGAAUCAAUAAUAUUGUUGUCUGAGCAUGGUUUCUGUUGUUCUUUAGAUUUUUAACUUAUGCUUUAUGCAUCAAGUUAAUUAAGUAAUGGUCCAGAUAAGAAGCAGUGAACACGUCGGAAUGCAGAAAGGUGCUAACUUUUCUAUUGUCUCUACUAAGGUUCUGAUUGGUUUAAACAUCAAAUUUUACGAAAUCUUCCCAAAGCAGCAAGUAUAUUAAUCCCUUUUUUUCUAUCCAACUUCCUUAUAACAAAAUCUCGUCUGAGUCUAAGUAACACAGAAAUCGUAUGUGCGGAUCAUGUAAAAUUGUGAGCAUUUCUUGGCCAUUGUUUGCAACUCAUGUGAUUGGUCGAAAUGUUUUAACACAAAAAUACACCCUUAAAAGUGGAGUUAAAUACAUUUUCUCUCGUAAACAGCCUUUUUGUAGAUUUAUGCAUUCUCUGCGUAAAAAUGAAAACAUUUCUAUGUGAGGAAAGCGUAUUGCGCCACAACAAAAGAAAUUGCUUCCCUUCUUGCCUGGACCAUUUCUUAAACUGGCAAGCAAUUUAUAAUUACUAACUUAAUGCUUAAAGGUUUUCAUUUGUGCAAAUUUUGAUGAUAUUAUAACUAGCUGCUAAAACAUAAUUGAACCAUUAAAGAAGCCAUGGCCUUAAACAAGGACAGCAAACUAUAUUUUAACGACUGAAUUUUAGCUUACUAUCAACAGCAAUUUUAACCGAUGCAGCAAUGUUUUUAAAAGUUUAUAAGAUUAUAUUAGUCUGUGACAAUAAGAGUAAGUACGGAAUUUGUAUUUGUUCUUAGACUGUAGAUCUAUUGUUUUGCGUUAUCGCAAAAGUUAUCGAAUAUAUUAAACUCAAAGAAAGGUUACUUUUGUAUAGCUUGGAAUGGCGGACUGACGGAAUGAUGGAACAGGAUGGCAGAAUACACAGAAUAUUCUAAAAUAUGGAAUGUACGGAAUACUCUAAGACACGGAAUUUACAGAAUAUUCUGUGUUUGAUUUGAACUGGACUGACAAAAAAGCAGAGGCAAAGAAUACUCGGUUGGUUUGAAAUAUUAAAAAUUCGCUGAAUUUUCUUACUGCUGUACUCUAUAGAGUACUCAAGUGUGACAUCAUAAAAAUGAAAUUUCUGAAAUCAUGGGAUUUGUUAGGAUAUUCUG